UAAUCGAUGAUUGAACUGUAUUUUCGAAUUCCUAAAAAACGCCAGUCGACGGAUUGGAUCCGCACAUUAUAAAUAAUCAACAGAUCAAGCACUAAUUCAUAACACAGAAGGUCAAAACCAUCACGAGUUAAAUAGAUUCCCAGCUGAAGGAUAAAAAAGUUGGGAAAAAGAAUUGUUGAAAAAGGGGUGUGAGAUACCUACCUACGACAACUUGGUGAUGAGCCGAAUGAGGGGAAUGAUGCAAUUUACGAAUAAACGAGAGCUAGUUGCUAUCACGUACUGAUUUGAAGCGUCAGUCGGCCCAACACCGCAGCUCGUGCCGGCCGGGAAUUGACCUAAGACCUGGUGAUUACUCGGUUAUCAGUGGAAUUAUUGAUAAAAAAAAAAAGGAAAUGGCUUUCUACGAUUGCAUCUGCAAGGGACCCAUCGCCCUCAACGAAUGGCUAAGACGCAAGUUACCCAGGAGGGCUAUUUUGGGCGUUCUCAUGUUUAUGGCUUGCAUGUUCUCGUAUUUUAUCCGGACUAAUCUAUCAAUCACGAUAGUAGCGAUGGUUAAAAGCGUUAAAGGAGGUCCUGCGAAGGCCCCUUAUUGCACAGAACUGCUUCACCAGGCCGCAAAUAUGAGUUCGGGUCCCAAAAAUAUGUCGGACUUUGGAGAGCGAUUCGAAUGGAACGAGAGGAUUCAGGGCUUCGUACUGGGGUCUUAUUUUGUGGGACCGGUUUUAGCGAGUGUUCCUGCUGGGAUGGCGGCUGAGAAGUUCGGUGGUGCACGAGUUGUUGCAUGGGCUACUUUAAUUCCAGCUGUUUUGAAUUUAUUGACACCUUUGGCUGCUGGUCUUCAUUGGUCAGUGGUCAUAAUUCUCCGUUUUCUGAUGGGAUUCUCCGGAUGCGCUGUCUAUCCAGCAUUGCACGCAAUGAUUGCCAGAUGGGUACCUCCUCAGGAGAAGGGCAUGUUCGUCUGGACAAUGCAAGGUGGCCCCUUCGGUACUUUUGUGACCCUCUCGCUGUGUGGAGCAGUUAUCUCGGCAUUCGGCUGGAAGGCAGCUUUCUAUACAACAAGUGGUCUGAUGCUGGUGUUCUAUCUCCUGUGGAUUUGGCUGGCCUACGACACCCCAGACGCCCACCCCACCAUCACUGACGAGGAGAAGGCAUACAUCAAAGAGAAAAUAGGCUCCUCAGUGAGCAAACAGAAGGUCAGCCUUCCCCUGAGACACAUGGUGACGUCCCUACCAUUCCUGGCCCUCGUCUACGCUCACUUUGCCAACAUGUGGGGCAUCUAUUUCAUCUCGACGAAUGGUCCAAAGUACAGUCUUGAGGUUCUGGGUUUCAAUAUGAAGAAAGGAGGUUUUCUGACAGGACUCCCCUACAUCGCACGUCUGGGGGCUGGAGUGCUAUUUGCAGCUGGUGGUGAUUUUCUGCGACGCAGGGAAAUCAUCAAACUCGUGUGGAUCAGAAAACUCUUCAUGAUUUUCUCCCACGUGGGCCCUGGCCUCGCACUCCUCAUCACAACUUACGUGGGAUGUGAUAAGAACACAGCAAUAAUCAUGAUCAUUGGCGCACUGACGCUCAAUGGAGCUGCAUGUCAGACCAAUCUCCAGAAUCAUCAAGAUCUUGCUCCAAAUUAUGCUGGCUCUCUUUAUGGAAUUAUGAAUACCAUUGGUAGUUUUCCAGGAUUUAUUAUUCCACCGCUCGUUGGUGCUCUCAUUUACGACGAAAGUGGUGUUCACCAGUGGAGGAUUAUCUUCUGGAUUUCAGCUAUUGUCUUUUUCUCUGCUACUGUCCUCUUCUGGAUAUUCGGAUCUGCCAGCAUCCAACCGUGGAAUGAUCUCAAUGCCAAUCCUGAUGCAGUCAAUGGAGUCAAUAAAGACGAGGCGAAACGUCUCAAUGUUAAAAAAACAGGAGCACAGAGUGAAACUGAGGAUGAGAAUGAGAGGCUUUGAUGAAGAGUUGAGGUACUACAGGGAGGGAAUUCUCGAUGAAAAAAAAACUUUAGAGGAUUAAUAAUGUCCUGGGAGAUUAUUUCGAAUAUUUAUUUUUCCAUUGGGUUAAAAUAUUCUUGAAUUAAAAUUAGACAAUAUCUAGCUUACAAAAAUGGUGUUCUCAUUAUUAUUUGGUAUUCUCGGGAUGACUUUUUUUUUAUUUUCACAUGAUUUAAUCUCAGGAAGUCCUCACUGUGGGCUUGACUCAGACGUUAUUUAGCAUUAUUAUUAUUAUAAGUUAUUUUUUGCCGAAAAUUGACGAUGUGAGCUAGUGGAGUUUAUCGCAGCUCAAAGGAUUUAGUAUUUUUGGGCGGAAAUUUUCAUUUUUUUCUCUCUUUUUUUUAUCGUCACAGAAAACGAAAACAAAUUUUUUUUUAUCCAUCUGGAUAUGUUUGACCACAAUCAGAAUAUGGUACAAAUGAGUUUUUGCCUGAUCACAGGAUAUAUGAUAAUAUUUUUUCGAGAGUUAUCAGUGUCAAUAGAGUAUAAUGAAGUUAAUGGUGUGCUGAUAAGUGUCAAUAGAUUCGAUGAGCGUUAAUUUUCAUUGUGACGAGCACCUUUGAUAUUCAAGAAGAAACAAAUUCUCAAACAAUAAAAAUGCCUAUUUUUUAAGUAUUUAUGAGCAAUUCUUACUCAUAUCUGUCGACUGAUGUUUUAUAAAUCGACUGAUGUGUUUUUAAAAGAAGAAAAUUCUUUUAUUGUAAGACUUGAUGCCAAAUAUGGAAUUGUCUGCUCAAUGACAUCAAAUAUUUUCAUUUGUAAACAGUAUAGAUUUUUUUACUGCUCAGCAGCAUCACAAAAAUGUGCAUAAAAAUUUCAGCAAAUUCUGCCUCCGAGUGAGGACCUGACAUAUCUGCAUUUAACUAUCGAGAAAUCUCAUGCUUCAUACUUAUGAAAAUACAAAAGCACAUUGGAAUAGAUGUGAAACGAAUGAUUAAUUACAUUUCUGUCUUUGUGAUGUUUGUCGAUGUAUUUAAAAACAUUAAUAAAUAAUAGUAACGGAUAAACCUAAUAAAAAAAGA